UCGAUCUGAUGCAUAUAUCUAACAGACCGAAGAAAAAGGGAAAGGAGGAGAAACUCUUUCAUAUUUUUAACAUUUCCCGCUAAACCGCCACAACACACCGUAGUCGAGUGCAGUGGAUGUAACAGCGACAGGAUGGAAGUUAAUACGUCAAAGGGGAACUGUACCCAUCUCCCCCUCUCCGCUCUGCGCCUCCUGGUCCCACCGGUUCGGCUGGUCUCAGCAGCGAUGUGGCAGACCAUCCAGCAGAAGGUUGUGGCUGAUUAUGGGAUGCUUGAGGAGUUUGUUUCCAUGGUUACAGACAUUGUUCCAGAGCUUCUCACCAUUCGCCAGAGGGUCCAACUUAUCCUGGGCCUCAGAGCACGGCUGAUUCUGGAGCUGUGUCAGUUUGAAGCUACUGCUGACCUUCAGCUCCUUCAGCCACAACUGGACAGAGUGCAAACUCUCAUCAUGGCGUGGGUAACGGAGGUUGGUGCUGCAAAUAUGAAAGCGCCACACUCAGAGUUUGUGGAUCUAGUUAAGAACUUGCUGACAAAUCCUGACGAAAGGGAACACUUCUUUCAGAACAUUUUCCCUGAAGAGUUUGGUCCCACAUAUGAUGAAGCACUUCACACCUUGAUGUGGAUGUUCCUAUCCAGACUUGAAAAGUUCCUUCCUCUUCAGACUUUCCAACAGGUUGCCUCCAUGUUUGGUGAGGUGUCCUCAGUUCUGGAGGAAUGCAUGGACUCUGUGUGUCGACGUGAGGACCUCAAAACCCUCCUGCAUUAUCAAAAAGACCUCCGCCAACUGGAUCACAAUGAUGGGUCCUUGGAUGGCGCCUGCAUUAUUUCAGCUCUCAAACUUCCCUCUGUGAAUAGAACUGAGGCAGAUGAAACACAACCAAAGGCCAAUGUCUUGAAUAAUGUGCUAUCGUGUGCAUCAGAUAUGGAGAAUCAAUCUUUAACAUUGCCUCAUACAACACAGGUAACAAAAGAUACGAUCACAGAAGGCCAGAUAAGCGAGAUAAAGGUUGAUGAAACUAAUCGGACUCCUGGGGAAAACAAAACGGCGGUGCUUUUGGGUGAUGUCACGAGACAUAAGGAAGCAGUAGGCCCUGUGGAGAAUGCCCCAUACCAUGUAAAACAGUGCCAUGUUCAGCUAAACAAGCUAACGUCUUUGCAGUCUCGACCUGUGAGACGAAACAGAGGCCUGAAGAUGAAAAAGAUCCUGUUAGAGGAGAAAAGAAGUCUUUGUGAAGAGGGCCUCUCUGCCUGCAAAUCAGCUUCUAAGAAAACAAAACUUUCAGAGGGCUCUGACGAGGAUUCAAGCAGCUACAUCAAACAGUCGUAUUUGGCUCCUGUCAGUGAUUGCAGUGAAAACGACUCAUGGUCUUACUACUCAGAUAAGGGCUCUUGCUAUAAUACUGCUAGUAGCAGUCCCAGUGUGGCUGACUCAUGGUCUAACUACUCAGGCGAUGAGGGCUCCCCUGUCAGGGUUUAUGCCGAAGAUGAUUCUUUGUCUAGCUGCUCAAAUGGGGACCCUUCCUUCACAAGUCCUAAAAAAGUAUCAGCUACCAGCAGAAAGCAGGGUACCUCCAGCAUCAAAGCCAGCGCUCAGAAAAAGCCCUAUAAAGACCCAUGCUUUAUCUGCAAGGAGCACUUGAACACUACCCUGGGAACUCACAUGAAAACCCACUUUCCCACUGGUGAUUACGCCUGCCCGCGAUGCGACAGCAGGUUUAAACUCCUCUCAUCUUUGAAGCUGCACAUGAACAGAGUGUGCUUUGAGUACAGCCAGCAGCCGAGAGUAGAUCCGGAGAAGCCGGAUGAAGCUGCGAAUCUGUACAAAUGUGACAAAUGCCAAGAGGCAUUCAGGUACAAAGUUUCACUGGACAAGCACAAACUGACCCACGACGAACUCUACUGCAGAGUGUGUAGGAAGGUGUUACGGGACGCAGCAGCGUUGGCGAGGCAUAAUGCUUCUCACACCUCGUUCCAGUGUAACCGCUGUGAGGAGACCUUCACCCAUUUCAAGCCCUUGGUCAAGCAUUGCGAAAACAUCCAUAAAAUCAUCAAGCCUUUUAAAUGCAACCAUUGUCCGAAAACCUUUUCCAAGCUGCGCCUUUUAAUCAGACACGAGUGGAAACACACGGGUCAUCUACCGUUCCGGUGCGCUCAGUGCGGCUGGCGAUUCAAAAACGACGCAGAUCUCAUUUCCCACGAGAGAGUCCACACGAGAGAGAAACCCUACCUGUGCGCAGAGUGCGGCAAGACUUUCGCCCAGAGUUCCAACUUGUUGCGGCACUUGAAUUUCAUCCACAGCGAGUCUCGAAAUGAGAAGAGGCAUUCUUGCUCCGAGUGUGAGAAAUCCUUCAAAGACAAAGGAGCCCUGAAAAAACACCAGAAAAGCAAACACUUGCAUGAAUUGUUCCGUCACCCAUGCCCGUUCUGUGGAAAGAUGCUCUCUGCAUCAACAAUCGCAAGACACAAAUUAAUCCAUACGGGAGAGACGCCUUUCAAAUGCACCAUGCCUGAAUGCGACAAGGCCUUCAGGUCAACUGCUGAGGUGAAGAGGCAUGUCCUCAUUCACCAUACGACAGAGAGACCAUUUAAAUGUGAUGUCUGUGGGAAGGGCUUCAUAAAAAUGUGUUAUCUCAACGCUCAUGCUAAAAUACACUCCGGAGAGAAGCCAUUUGUUUGCCAUAUCUGCGGCAAGGCGUUCCCCAAGCUCUACAGCAUGCGAAGACACAAAAAACUUCUACAUACCAAAAGUAUGUGUCCCUCUCUUCCCCUCUCUGCUCUGCGGCUCCUGGUCCCACCGAUUCGGCUGGUCUCUGCAGCCAUCUGGCAGACGGUGGAGCAGAAGAUUGUGUCAGAUUAUGGGCUGCUUGAGGAGUUUGUGUUCAUGGUUACGGAGAUUGUGCCUCAACUUCUCUCCACGAGGCAGCGGGCGGAGCUCAUUUUGGGUCUCAGAGCACGGCUGAUCCUGGAGUUAUGUCGCUCUGAGGAGACUGCUGACCUCCAGAUUAUUCAGCCACAUCUUGACCGAAUGCAGAACCUCAGAUCCCUAUGGAAAGUGGAGACUGCUAAUGCCGAACAAGAGGCCUCUGACUCACAUUUCAUGGGCCUCGUCCAAAACCUGCUGCGAGAUCCUGAAGAGAGAAGAAACUUUUUCCAGGAUGUUUUCCCAGGAGACUUUGGCCCCACAUAUGACAAAGCAAUCCAGACAUUGAUGUGGCUGUUUCUGUCCAGACUCGAAAAGCUUCUCCCCACCCAAACUCUGCAGCAGAUUGCAUCUCUGCUCAGUGACACCUCAUCUGUUCUGAAUGAAUGCAUGGAGAGUUUCUCUCAACCUCAGGAGCUCAAAACCUUGCUGGGCACUCAGAAAGACCUCAGCCAGUUAGAAGACAUAGAAUCUUUCAUUGUUGACAGUGGCAUCUUGUCAGCCCUGUGUCUCCCUCCUGUGGAAAGAGUUGUGAUUGUUAAUGAACAAGCGGAAACGGAUGCGGAGAGUGGACUCGUGUAUACAGUCUGCACAGAGAUGGAGGUGGAAUCUGAGAACAAAGAGGUGUACAUGGAGGGAACCGGCACAUCUGAAGAUUGUGCACAAACCCAGUGGUUUGGUCUUGGCAGCGAGGUGAAAGCAGAAAUGGACAGUGUGGUAGUUACAGAUCCCGUCGAAGGCGCUGAGGCCAGCGAGAGUGAAGUAGCAGAGGACCAGCAGGACGACCAGUCUGGAACGCUGAUCAUCGGGGAGGACGGCCAGGUGACUGUGCUCGACAGCACAGAGAAGAAGCCAAACAGACGCGGGAGGAAAAAGAAACGCCCUGUAGAUGAAGACUUUGAAGUGCAAACCAGAGCGAGAGGCAAACAAGACGAUGCGGAAUUUGAUAGUGCGUGGGAUAGACCAGUCCGAAAGAACCGAGGACUCAAGAUGAAAUGCUACCUGUCGCAGUGGAGGAAAUCGGGAAAGACACAGGGCAGUAAUACUCCCAACAGCAGCCCUAAAAAGUUUGCCAGAUCCCAGACUUCAGCCAAAAGCAAUGACUUGGACGAGAGAACAUGCAAAGUGUGCGGCAAGGUGGUGAGUCGUGCCAAGUUCUUGGAGCGCCACAUGAAUCGACACUCAGAGGAGCUGCCCUUCUCUUGUCCUUCCUGUAAAAGGUUUUAUAAGAGCUUGCGUUACUUGCAACAACACAGAUGUCCAAAUAUGACGAAAGCAAAGGCUGGCCGGAAAGCAAAGGAGCAAGAGACUGCAGCAGAGGAGGGUGAACAAUCAUCCAGCGGGGUUCCUUGUGAGGCAACCAGCGAAGAGCAGCCAUUAGACAACACAGGCCAAGACCCCGAUUACUCGCCCCCUGCAGAGAGAUCUUCCAAAGACUUGGGGCAGAAAAGCCCCGAAGGAAACAAAAGUGUGAUAGAAGGUCCGUUCUACUGUCCUCACUGCAGCGUCGAGUUUAAGUGCAAACAAACGUUCAGGUUCCAUCUGAGAAACAUUUGCUACACUGAGCAACAGGUGGAUCCUGAGCAGCCCGAGGAUGUGAAGCACUGUUUCAGGUGCGAUGAAUGUGACAAGGCAUUCAAGUACAAAUCAACGUUGGAUUCGCACAAACAAACUCACAACCCGCUGUACUGUGAGGUGUGCAUGAAACUGGUACGUGACCCAGAGGCCCUGGCAAUGCACAAGGAAUCCCACACUCCAUUUCAGUGCAACCAGUGUGACGAGAAUUUCCCCGUGUUCAAGGCCCUUCACAAGCACUACAUUGACGUCCAUAAUCCCACGGAGCCUUUUACCUGUACCCACUGUCAGACAACGUUUGCCAGUUUGAAGCGUUUCAUCAGACACGAGUGGAAACACACCGGCUACCAACCAUUUCAGUGCCCUCACUGCAGUAAAAGAUUCCGGUCAUACUCCGACCUCGUGGAGCACCAGAAAAAACACACUAAAGCGUAUCCAUUCCUCUGCUGGGAAUGUGGCAAGAAAUUCCGGCACGGCGUUACACUGACGAGGCACGUGGAGCGCGUGCAUCACACCGGCGAACCCGUAACCGAGAAACCCACGCCAACCUUCACCUGCGCUCAGUGCGGGAAGACCUUCACUUCCAGAAGAUGCCUUCUGAAACACGACAACUUCCACCACAAAGGGCUGCGUUUCCCGUGUGAGCACUGUGGAAAGGGAUUCUUUGGCAAAGACGCUUUGGUGAGGCACACUUUGAUUCACACGGGCGAAAGGCCUUUCAAGUGCGAAGACUGCGACAAGUCUUUCAGAUCGGCUGCAGAACUAAAGAUACACAGGAGGUACCAUACUGGGGAAAGACCGUUUAAGUGCAACGUCUGUGAAAAGGGUUUUGUCCAGUCUUGCUUUCUGACUUUACACAUGCGAACCCACACAGGAGAGAGACCAUAUGUUUGUACAGUGUGUACCAGGGGCUUUACAAGCUUGCAUGGCCUAAAAAGACACAGGAGACUUGUUCAUGCAUAGUUAAUGUUAGUAUGAUUCUUAUUCCAAUGGGGAUGUUCUGUUCAGCAUUUGCCUAUUGAAGGAAGUCAGAGGUUAACAACAGCUGUAGACCUUGAGGAAUAUGAUUCGACCUUGCUCAAGGACACUUCAGCAGCAAGGAUGUUGAAGGAUGUUUUUCCUUACAAUGUCAGCCACACUGCUAUCUCUGUGGCUGUCGCAGCUCGGACUGUCCAACUGUGUAACUGUAUAGUGAAUUAUAAAAAUGUAUCUUUGUAUUUUUUACAGAAAUGUUUGCUGUAGUUCUACAUAAGAUUUGUAUGUUCAAAUGAUAUAAACCAUGGUUCCCUGAGGAAUUUAUGUCUUUUUCUUGAAUAAAUGGAACAUUUGAACAAUUGU